AUGCCGGCGUGGAUAACCUGGUUACUCACAACAGCGGCCACCGGAUUACUUGCGCUGGUAGUACAGCAGAAGGCGUCCGACCUGCUCGUCUGGAAGUGCUUUCUGUUCAGUUCCCGCCGAGUAAGCCUUGAACGUUGUGUGACCAGGAUCCUGAGGCUUUAUGAACCUCUGGCCAGCUACUUCAAAUCUGCUGAUGAAAAUCAGGCCAGGUUCAAGAGGCUUGUGCAGACGUUCACUGACCCCAUGACAGAAGUGUACCUGCUGUUCUUUCAAGCCACCGUACCAACUUUCACUACUUUCAACUUGCUUCUUCAAAGAGAGCGGCCAUCAAUAUUUAUGUUAUAUGAUGAGAUGGUGAAAUUUGUACGCAAGCUUUGUUCAAAGUUCAUUGUUCCAGCAGCUCUGCAGGGCCUUGAGGAGCCUGGUGAUAUUGCCUUUAAAGAGAAGGCAAACCAUUUACCAGGAAGAAAGUUGAACAUUGGGUUCACAACCAGGGCUAAACUCAACAAACUACUUGACAAGGGUGACAUCACACCACAGCAGGUGGAUUCAUUCCACGAAGCUGUGUUGUGUUUCCUGACAAGUGCUGUGGACUAUGCACUAAAGAAGCUGCCACUGAAAGAGCCACUGCUCAAACAUUCAACAUUUGUAGAUGUACGGCAGAGGGCUGAAAGUGACAUCGGAGAUGUCCUGUACUUUGUUGAAAGGUUUCCCCAUCUCCUCCCAUACCAUGGUCCAGAGGAGCAUGACCUUCUGGGUGAGGAGUUUCUAAGUUAUCAGACCAUGCCAAUGAUAUCCCUGCAGGACGAAACUGAAAUGGAAAGCUUCUGGGCUGAGAUGGCAACCCGGAAACAUAAGGUGACAGGAGCCAACGAAUUUGAGAGGCUUGCUGCCGUCGCCAAGCUGGUCCUGGUGUUGCCCCAUUCCAACGCAGACGCUGAGAGGGUAUUUUCAGUUGUGGGACUGAACAAAACCAAUAUCAGAAACAGCCUAGCAUUGGAUGGCACCCUGUCCUCAAUAAUGACAAUAAAGAUGGCCGACCUGGAGCCCUGUUUCAAAUGGGAGCCCCCCUCAGAUGUCAUCAAGGCCUCCAAGAAGGCCACAGGCCAGUAUAACCGUGCCCACAGAUCAUAG